ACUGUGGUAAAUUAUGAUCCUUUGAAUAGUUUUGGGGAUUUAUAAAUAAAAAUACAAAGCUGCGGGGCUAUUUCGAAGUAUCUUAAUUUAUUUAGCAGUUGAGUGAGGCUUCGUUUUGGGACGAAGCAUCGAGAAGAAAAUGAUCGUACAUUCGUUUGGCUCCGCUUCGUCAUCUCCGAUCGCCGCCGUGUUCUCCGCCGCGCUUCUUCUGUUCUACUUCUCUGAUACUAUUCUAGGAGCUCCUUGUCCCAUCAAUGGUUUGCCAAUCUUGAGGAAUAUUAGUGACCUUCCUCAGGAUAGCUAUGGAAGACCUGGUCUUUCUCACAUGAAUAUUGCUGGCUCCGUAUUACAUGGAAUGAAAGAGUUGGAGAUAUGGCUUCAAACAUUUGCACCUGGUUCAGAGACGCCAAUUCACAGGCACUCCUGUGAAGAGGUUUUCGUUGUCCUCAAGGGUAAUGGUACUCUGUAUCUCGCUGAAACACAUGGAAAUUUCCCUGGGAAACCAAUUGAAUUUCCUAUCUUUGCUAACAGUACACUUCAUAUUCCCAUCAAUGAUGCUCAUCAGGUCAAGAACACGGGUCAUGAUGACCUGCAAGUGUUGGUUAUUAUAUCUCGGCCACCUAUUAAAGUCUUCACCUACGAUGACUGGUUUAUGCCACACACUGCUGCGAGGUUGAAGUUCCCUUACUAUUGGGAUGAGCAAUGCCUUCAAGAAUCACAAAAAGACGAGCUCUAAAGCAAUGAUGUCCGAGGCCAAAACUUAGCACAAUCUUUAGAUAGUUAAAUCACAGUUAAGGUUUUGUGACACUAUGUUAAUGCUGGUAAAUUGACAAGAAUUUUACAUGAAUGUUGUUACCAAAAUGUAAAUGGAUGUUCAAUCUUUGAUAUUCUCAAGUAAA